AAACCAAGUGGUUAAAGUUUGGGGAUUACCAAUUGCGGAAUUGUCUUAAGGGAUAAACCAAAAGGGAUAAAGUCUCUCUGUGACCAGCCUCUCUGAGUUAAAACAGAAGAAUAAUCUACAAGGAAAAGAAGGGGAAAGGCAAGGGGACGCAUAACUUGUGGAGAUCCAUCACUUGUUACAAAGAGGAAAAAGGUGACCAAAAACCCCACUUCUCAUCCUGGAAGCAGCAUGGAUAUGCAGUUUGUCUACGACCUUUUAGGGGAAAAUGCUUGGUCAUCCAUCAUUGCUACCUUUGUCGUGUUGUGGAUUAUUGUGUGGCUGUACAGAGACAGCUUGCAGAUUAAGGACAUAUCCAGCAAGUAUGUUUUUGUGACCGGCUGCGACUCGGGCUUUGGAAACCUGCUAUGUAAGAAUCUUGACCGUAGGGGUUUCCAUGUGCUGGCUGGCUGUCUAACAGAAAAGGGAGCUGAUGACCUGAAAAGAGUGGCAGGGCCUUAUUUAAAGACUAUCCUGCUGGAUGUGACCAAUGAGGACAGCAUCCUGAAAGCCAUGGAGUGGACCAAGACUGAGGUUGGCGAUAAGGGACUUUGGGGUAUUGUGAACAAUGCUGGAUGCUCAUUACCCAUGGGUCCUUCCGAGUGGAUGAGAGUGGAGGAUUUCCAUAGGAUACUGAGAGUCAACAUGAAUGGAGUGAUUGCCAUGACGAUGACCUUCCUGCCUCUCAUCAAAAAGGCUCGCGGCCGUAUUGUGAAUGUGGCAUCAGUGCUGGGCAGGGUAGCGGCAAACGGUGGUGGAUACUGCAUCUCCAAGUUUGCAGUGGAGUCUUUCUCUGACUGCAUCAGGAGAGAUAUCAACUACUUUGGAAUCAAUGUGUGCAUCAUCGAGCCAGGAUUUUUCAAGACCGCAGUGACAAGCCUGGAACCCCUCGAGAAGGAGCUGCAUCGCCUGUGGAACCAGCUCAGCCCUGAAGUAAAAGCCAGCUAUGGAGACAAGUACCUUGAUAAAUACAUUAAGGUGCAGCGUUUGAUCAUGAAUGCUGUCUGCGACACCGACCUCACUAAAGUGACCAGCUGCAUGGAGCACGCUCUGACUGCUGCCCACCCACGCACCAGAUACAGCCCCGGCUGGGAUGCCAAGCUUCUCUGGAUCCCCCUCUCUUACAUGCCUGCCUGUGUCGUUGAUAUUGGGCUGAAGAUGGUGCUGCCUCGUCCUUCAAUGAGCGUGUAACCCAU